CCCUCCUCCUCCUCAGGACAAUCAUGAUGUCUGCAGACGACCGGGCCCUGGAGGAGCUGCUGUACGGCAGUGACCUUGGUGACCUUGGUGACCGUGCGGAUAUAGCGGAGCUGAGCGGGGGCCAGACGGGGACGAAGGAGAGCGCUGCUGCAGACAACACAACUGUGUCCCUCCAGGAGCCGCUGACGUGUGCCGGCUGCAGCGAGCAGGUGUGUGACCGCUUCUUCCUGUUGGCUGCAGGAAGUGUGUGGCACGACGUGUGCCUGCGCUGCAGCCGGUGUCACUGCGAGCUGCAGACACACCCCUCACUGUACUGCAGAGACGGGAACAUCUACUGCCACCAGGACUACUGCAGGAUGUUUGGAGGCGGGCAGUGCGCUCGCUGCUUCCAGCCAAUCCCGGCCUCCGAUCUGGUCAUGAGGUCAGGUGAUCUGACCUUCCAUCCUCACUGCUUCUCCUGCCAGGAGUGUGAUGUGACAUUAAUACCCGGGAACCUGUACUGCAUUCAGGGCCACAACCUCUACUGUCAGUCCCAUUACCAUGACGACGGCAGGAGUGUGCCGCCAUUAAACGAUCUGCAGCCCAAACCAAAUCUGAAAGAAGCUCAAAAUCAGGUCUCAGGUGAAGGGGAGGAGUCUGUCAGCAGUCCUGAGCCACCAUUGGAUGAUCAGGUGGCAUGUGGGCGGACCCGCAGGCGGAACAAGCGAAUCAGGACGUGUUUCCGCAGCGAGCAGCUCAGAGCACUGGAGUCGUACUUCGCACACAAACACAACCCUGACGGAAAAGACUGGAACUUCCUUGCUCAGAAGACCGGCCUGCCCAAGAGGGUCCUGCAGGUGUGGUUUCAGAAUGCUCGAGCCAAACUGAGGCGCACCCUCACUGCAGACGACUCUCAGGUGAGCUCGCCCUCGGCCCCCCCGAGGGGCCUCAGCAUGUCGAGCGGCUCCUCGCCCGGGGCCUGCUCCCCUCCUGACCAAUCACAGCCCUUCUCCUCCACCAGCACCAUUGACCAGCUGCAGCUGUCUCUGCUCACCGCCCCGCUCAACGAGCCGCCGCUCAGCCCUGCCGCCAGCCAGCUGCAAAACCCCGCCUUCUUCCUGGACUACGAUUCCCAGAGUGCACCAGGGUGUGUCUCGUCACUGGAGGCUUACGAGGACUUUGGAGAGGCAGAAAGAGCAGAGGCAGAGGUGGACUCAGAUAGUUCUUUUAGACCACAUUUCUGCUAG